UUGUUUUGGCACUAACAAGUGUGUUACUACGUUGGCAAUUUAGAGAUUCACGUAAUCAAGUUCCAAAAACGUGUUAUGCACACACUAGCACUUUCUGAAGAACCUCUUUUCUUUUGUUUGGUUUUUGUAAUUUUCCUCUAUAAAUUAGUAUUUUUGCAAAUCCAUCGGCAUAAUUCUAUUGGCACGAUCCGAACACACCAUUUGUCAAAUCAGAUUUGUUGGACAUGUGUUAUUAAUUCGUUAAUGACGCACCGUUAGUCUUAAGUCAACCCCACUUCGCAUUUAAUUAUUUUGUUACUCCUCCGCAUCUCUUAUUCUUCUCCGGCGACACUCCUAAUUCCUUCUCCGCGAAGAAUCUGAAUGAAUCUGUGAGCUCUAAAGCGUCCACUGCUAUGAAUCUAUGCUGCUAAGCUUGAAUGCAUCAUUGAGUUUUGCUUUGUAUUUUAGUUUUUUGAUUUGAGAGUAUAUAAAUGGGAAAAGCGUCGGGCUUGCUUCUGUGUUUGUUGGGUUUUGGGUUCUUUGUUGUGACGUAUAAUCUUCUGACACUUAUAGUUCACAAUAGAUCUGGUGUGAGUAAUUCAUAUGGGAGUCCACUUGUUGAUGAUCCUGUUGUUCAGAUGCCUCUUAACAUUAGAAAGGCCAAGACUUCUCCAGCACCUUUUCAUGUUGCUCUUACGGCCACUGAUGCACCUUAUAAUAAGUGGCAGUGUCGUAUUAUGUAUUAUUGGUAUCAGCAGAAGAAAGCUCUUCCUGGUUCUGAUAUGGGAGGCUUCACCCGCAUUUUGCACUCGGGUAAUUCCGAUAGCUUGAUGGAUGAAAUACCCACUUUUGUGGUUGAUCCUCUUCCCCCAGGUCUUGAUCGGGGGUAUGUUGUCUUGAAUAGACCUUGGGCAUUCGUGCAAUGGCUUGAAAGAGCUACCAUCAAGGAAGACUAUGUGCUCAUGGCAGAGCCUGAUCAUAUAUUUGUUAACCCCUUACCCAAUUUGGCUGUUGGAGGAUUCCCAGCCGCUUUUCCGUUUUUCUAUAUUACACCUGAAAAGUACGAAAACAUUGUCAGAAAGUAUUAUCCAGUGGGGAUGGGCCCUAUAACAAAUAUUGAUCCCAUUGGGAACUCCCCUGUUAUUAUAAGCAAGGAAUCACUUGAAAAGAUCGCUCCUACAUGGAUGAAUAUCUCACUGACAAUGAAAAACGAUCCAGAAACUGAUAAGGCAUUUGGAUGGGUGCUGGAAAUGUACGGUUAUGCAAUUGCCUCUGCUCUGCAUGGGGUGCGGCACAUACUUCGGAAGGAUUUCAUGCUUCAGCCUCCAUGGGAUUUGUCUACAAAGGGGAAAUUUAUCAUCCAUUACACUUAUGGAUGCGAUUACAACAUGAAGGGUGAGCUGACAUAUGGCAAAAUAGGAGAGUGGCGAUUCGAUAAGAGAUCACAUUUGCGGGGUCCUCCUCCGAGGAACAUGUCCAUGCCGCCUCGCGGUGUUCCAGAAAGUGUGGUGACUCUUGUGAAGAUGGUGAAUGAAGCUACUUCGAACAUCCCAAAUUGGGACACUCUCUAACUUUCACAUUCACAAAACAGAAAACUAUAGGGACGAAUCUAUACAUCAAUAUUUUUGCCAACAGAGAUUUUCUUUUCUCCUUUCACUUCUUUUAUACAUGUUCUUGCCAAAAGAUUACAUCAAAGGUUUUUUUUGAAGGAUAACUCUUCCGCUUCUAACGUGUCAAUAGCAAAAACACGUGGUGUGACCAUGUUGCAAGAGAAACGAUAAAACUUCCGGUCAUCCUUUGCCGUUGAAAACUCCGAUACCGGUGAACACUAUUGACGCCGGAAAAUGAGUGAAGCAUCAAUUUUUGGUUGUUUCUCACUGGAGACUGCAUAAACAGAGAGAAUGGAUCCAAAUACAGGGAUUCCAACCCAUCUAAUUUUCCAAAUCAUCAAACAAUUGAGAUCUGGCAAAAUCAAAAAAAAAGAAAAGAAAUUUGAUUGAUCCACAAAAGCUUGCUCGAUCGAAGCUUCAUAAACAUGUAAAAAACGGCUACAGGCAAUCCAAAUAUGUUGGAAA